AUGGGGAUCCCCAACCUGCUCCGCUUCAUGAAGCCGUUCAUCGAGCCCGUGCACAUCAAGAAGUACGCCGGCCAGCGGGUCGGCAUCGAUGCCUACUCUUGGCUCCACAAGGGGGCCUACUCGUGCAGCAUGGAGCUGUGCAUGAGCCCCAAGAGCGCCGGCGCCAGGCGCUACAUCAGCUACUUCAUGCACCAUGUCAACCUCCUGCGGCACCACAAGGUCGUGCCCGUCGUCGUCUUUGACGGGGGCAGCAUGCCUUGCAAGUCGGCCACGGAUGAAGACCGGCACAAGAAGAGGGAACUCAGUUUGGUGUUGGGGAAAGAAAAGCUUGAGCAAGGAAAUACAGCUGCUGCAAUCGACCUUUUCAGGAAAGCUGUGCAAAUUACUCCAUCGAUGGCUUAUCAACUGAUUCAGAUUUUAAAGACAGAAAAGGUUGAGUUCGUGGUUGCUCCAUACGAAGCAGAUGCACAGUUGGCAUAUCUAGCUACUCUAGAUGCUGAUCAAGGGGGCAUAGCUGCUGUUAUAACAGAAGACAGUGACUUAAUAGCAUAUGGUUGCACUGCUAUUAUAUUUAAGAUGGAUCGCUUCGGAAAUGGUGAAGAAUUCAUAAUGGAGAAAAUCUUGGAGACUGUAAAAGAUGGUCUUUGCUUCCAGGAUUUUGAUCAAAACCUUUUUACUGGCAUGUGUAUCCUUGCAGGAUGUGACUUUCUUCCCUCGGUGCCUGGCAUUGGUACUAAAAGGGCAUAUUCUCUCAUCUCAAAACAUAAAAAUAUUGACCUUUAUUGGCAGGUGCUAUCAACCUUGAAGCUUGACAAGCGGUAUUCUGUGCCGGAUGAUUACAUUGAUUCCUUCUGGAAAACUCUGGCAGUAUUCAAUCAUGCUAGAGUAUAUGACGUCAAAAGCAAGUCACUGAAACAUUUAAAACCUUUGGAGGAACGAUAUCUUAACUACUUGGCGGGAGACCUGGAUAUUCUUGGACCAGCGCUAGCCCCAUCAAUGGCAAAAGCGAUAGCAGAGGGGCGCUUGAAUCCUGUUACAAUGGAGACCUUUGACGAAUUCUCCAGAACCAUUAGCCCCAUCGAGCUUAUUGAUACCUCUGCUCUCAAUGUUGCUAAUCAGCAUGGUUCUCAGGAAAUUUUGACACAAGAGAGCUCUAUUACAAUCUGUUCAUCUGAGGAAAGCAGAGAUGACAGCAUAGCAUUUGCUGCUGAUGAGAUUACUAGUGGUGAACAGAGGUGCAACAAAGGAGUCCUUGCCCUUGGCAAGUUUCUACCACAGAAGCAUUCCUCUCCGGCAGUGGAAUGCAAAGAAGUGAAGCCUAAGAACACCCCUGACAACAACCCAUUCAAGAAGAGGAAAUUACCCACUGACCAAGGUAAAGUACCAGAUCAAAACGAGUUGCUAAUCGAUCUGGAUGAAGAAGCAGUUGUAUUGUGCUCAUCAUUGUCACGAGAGAGUGUUGGUCCAGCAGAAUCUCUUGAUAGAAAUGGAGUGUCAGCUGGAUUGUGUUGGCCAUUGACACAAGAAAGUGUGGCGUCUAUUCCGAAUGAGAGAUCAUCUAAGAGGCAAAGUCAGCAGGAAGCUUUCAGGAAUAAAACCAACAAAAAUAAAGAUGAAAGGAGUGGACUUUUGAAAUUUUUCAUGCGUUUGUAA